UUCGGAUCGUCAUCAACGGCAGCAGCGAAAAACUAACCAAAAUUAUUAAUUUUCUUGUAAAAACAACAACUUCAAAUGCCAAAAAUCGCAAAAUAAUGCAAAAAUUUUCCCUAUUUGUGUUACUGUGUCUCUCGUGUUCGCGUUUUGCCAACGCAGAUUACUGGAGUGACCUAGAAGAUGAUUACCAAGAAUACCAAUGCGGAGAACCCUUGCUGCACAAAGCUGUGCUCACGGCGACGUCAUCGCUGCGUGAACGGGGCCCCGAAAAUGCUCGCUUGAACGGUGGCAAUGCUUGGACAGCUAAAAAUUCCGAUUUUGAACAACAAUUGAUUAUUGAUUUGGGAGCCGUGCACAAUAUCACGAGUAUCGAUGUGCAAGGGCGACCUUUCAGUGGCGAGCACGUAACUGAGUUUUCGCUCAGUUACGGCUACAAUGGACUCGAUUUUGCGGAUUACAAAGAGCCGGGUGGCAAUAUUAAGCUUUUCAAAGGAAAUACUGAUGGCGAUACUGUCAAAGUGAACGUCUUUGAGGUCCCAAUUAUCGCCCAAUGGGUCAGAAUCAAUCCAACAAGAUGGCGCGAUCGAAUUUCUCUACGAACGGAAUUGUAUGGAUGUAAUUAUGACAGCGACAAUUUAUACUUUAACGGCUCCUCAUUGGUGCGUCUUGAUUUGUUGCGUGACCCAAUAUCGGCAGCUCGCGAAACAAUUCGCUUCAGAUUCAAAACCACAAACCCUAAUGGCGUUCUUUUGUACUCGCGUGGCACGCAAGGCGACUACAUUGCCAUCCAACUGAAGGAAAAUCGCCUCGUGUUGAAUGUCAAUUUGGGUUCAAACAUCCCGACAACACUUCAGGUUGGCAGCUUGCUCGACGAUAACAUCUGGCACGAUGUCAUUGUGUCACGGAAUCGUCGCGAUAUCAUCUUUUCCGUUGAUCGGGUGGUUGUGCAGGGACGUGUCAAAGGGGAAUUUGACCGAUUGAACUUGAAUCGUGGGUUCUACAUUGGCGGCGUUCCAAAUGUGCAAGAAGGGUUAAUUGUUCAACAAAACUUCACAGGAUGCUUUGAAAACUUGUACCUGAACUCGACAAACUUCAUUCGACAUCUCAGAGUUGCCUUUGAAGAAGGGGAACAUUUGCGAUUUGAGCGUGUUAAUACUUUUUACACGUGUCCUGAGCCUCCAAUCAUUCCCGUGACAUUUUUAACGCGUGCUUCUUACGCGCGUCUCAAGGGAUACGAAGGCAUGCGAACCAUGAAUGUCUCUUUUUACUUCCGUACCUAUGAAGAACGCGGUGUGAUGUUGCAUCAUGACUUUACAUCAACGAACAACGCCUAUGUCAAGCUCUAUCUCGAAGAUGGCAACGUCAAAGUCGAAAUUAAGACGAAUGAUCAACCAACGCCGACAAUUUUGGACAAUUACGACGAGAAAUUCAACGAUGGCAGAUGGCAUUCGCUCGUUUUGACAGUCGGCAAGAACAAUUUGGUGCUCGAUAUUGACCAGAGACCCAUGAGAACGACCAAAUUGAUCAACAUUUUCACCGGAAGUUGGUAUUACAUCGCCGGCGGAAAGUCCAAAGAUGGUUUUGUUGGAUGUAUGCGCAUGAUAACUGUCGAUGGAAAUUAUAAACUGCCCACAGAUUGGAAGGAGGAAGAGUUUUGUUGCAAAAAUGAAGUUGUUUUUGAUGCGUGUCACAUGACAGAUCGUUGUAAUCCGAACCCGUGCAAACAUAAUGGCAUUUGCAAGCAAAAUUCGUUGGAGUUCUUCUGCGAUUGCUCGAAUACGGGAUAUGCUGGUGCUGUGUGUCAUACUUCUUUGAAUCCAUUGUCGUGCCAGGCGUACAAAAAUGUUCAAUCUGUGAACCAGAGAGCAAAUGUGAUGAUCGACGUUGAUGGCAGUGGUCCAUUAAAUCCAUUCCCUGUUACUUGUGAAUUUUAUGCUGAUGGACGAGUUGUUACAGUUUUAAGUCACAGUUCGGAUCAUACGACAACCGUUGAUGGAUUCCAAGAACCCGGAUCUUUCGAACAAAAGAUUAUUUACGAAGCCGAUCUACCUCAAAUUGAAGCCUUAUUAAAUCGAUCACAAUCGUGUUGGCAAAGUUUGUCAUAUGCCUGCAAAGCUUCUCGUUUAUUCAACUCUCCAUCUGAUGAACUUUCCUUCCGCCCUUAUUCCUAUUGGGUAUCACGUCACAACCAACCGAUGGAUUACUGGGCAGGAGCUCUUCCGGGUUCACGUAAAUGCGAAUGUGGCAUCUUAGGUUCAUGCUCGGACCCCUCAAAAUGGUGUAACUGCGAUUCGGGCAGCUUGGAAUGGCAAGAAGACAGCGGCAGUAUUCGUGAAAAGGAAUUUUUGCCGGUUCGUGCAUUGCGAUUCGGUGACACGGGCACACCUUUGGAUGAGCGAAAGGGACGUUAUACUUUGGGUCCGUUAAUUUGCGAAGGAGAUGAUUUGUUCAACAAUGUCGUGACAUUCCGAAUCACCGAUGCGACAAUCAAUUUGCCUACUUUCGAUAUGGGUCAUUCGGGAGAUAUUUAUCUGGAAUUCCGUACAACGGUAGAAAAUGCCGUGAUUUUCCACUCGAAAGGACCAACGGAUUAUAUAAAAUUGAGCAUAAUUGGCGGCAAAAAAUUACAAUUCCAAUAUCAGGCGGGUUCGGGACCCUUAGGAGUGAAUGUCGAAACGAGCUACCAUUUGAACGAUAAUAAAUGGCAUUCAGUGAGUGUCGAACGAAAUCGUAAAGAAGCUCGUUUGGUAGUUGAUGGAGCAUUAAGAGCUGAAGUUCGUGAACCUCCAGGUCCCGUAAGAGCGUUACAUUUAACCUCAGAUCUCGUUAUCGGAGCAACUGUUGAUUACCGCGAUGGAUAUGUCGGAUGCAUUCGAGCUCUUUUACUCAACGGAGUGAUGACAGAUUUGAAGAGUUACGCUGAACGUGGCUUAUAUGGCGUUUCCACAGAUUGCAUUGGUCGUUGCGACUCGUCGCCAUGCUUGAAUAACGGAACAUGCUUCGAACGAUAUGACGGAUUUUCGUGCGAUUGUCGUUGGAGUUCCUUCAAGGGACCAAUUUGCGCUGACGAAAUUGGCGUCAAUUUACGUUCAAGCUCCAUGAUCAAAUACGACUUCUUGGGAUCGUGGCGUUCGACCAUCGCCGAAAGUAUUCGCGUUGGUUUCACGACAACGAAUCAAAAAGGUUUCUUGCUCGGCUUUUCAUCGAACAUCUCAGGCGAAUAUCUCACAAUUAUGGUUUCCAAUUCCGGUAAUUUGCGUAUCGUAUUCGAUUUUGGCUUCGAAAGACAGGAAUUGAUUUAUCCGCAACGACAUUUCGGACUCGGGCAGUAUCACGAUAUGCACUUUAGUCGCAAAAAUUCGGGAUCAACAGUCGUUGUUAAGAUUGACAAUUUGGACCCUGUUGAAUGGCAUUUUGACAUAAAAGACUCAGCUGAUGCCCAAUUUAACAACAUUCAGUACAUGUAUAUUGGUAAAAAUGAGUCCAUGAAUGAUGGUUUCGUCGGUUGUGUAUCGAGAGUCGAGUUUGAUGACAUCUAUCCAUUGAAAUUACUGUUCCAAGAGAAUCCUCCUGAUAAUGUCAAGUCCUAUGGAUCUUCCUUAACAGAAGAUUUCUGUGGCGUAGAGCCCGUUACUCAUCCGCCAAUCGAGUUGGAAACUCGUCCUCCGCCAGAAGUAGAUGAAGAUAAGUUAAAUCGUUAUCGUCCUAUUAGCUCAGCAGUAUUAGGAAGUGUCUUAGCAAUAAUUUUCUUACUUCUCGUGCUCGUGCUGUUACUAAUUGGACGUUUGUUGGCACGACACAAGGGCGAAUACCUUACGCAGGAAGAUAAGGGAGCUGACGAUGCCAUGGAUCAAGAUGAUGCCGUCUUACAUGCCACUACGGGACAUCAAGUGUCAAAACGAAAAGAAUGGUUCAUCUAAAUUUAUUAGUUUUAUCACACAAAAAGAAGGAAGAAAAGACAUGCAAUAAUCUUUUUUAUUGAAAAAAGAGCAGAAACCGCAAAGUUAUGAUGAGAACGAAAAAAAAAAUGAUUGUUUUCGAUAAAAUUUUAACGUUUUAUCUAAUCGUAGGGAAUAGUUUUGUUCAUUUUCUACAUCAUUUUAUCUAGAAUUAAGAGAAAAAUUAGUUUAUAGCAAGGCAUUUAUUUGACGUUUUUUCAACUGUGUAAAUAAUUUUCAAGUAAUCCGUACAAAUUUUCGAUGACUUAAAUUUUUUUAUUUUAAUUUUUAACACGAAUCUCAUUCUUAUCAGCAUCCACCAAGAUACUUGCGAAGAAGAUUGUUUCCGUCCGUUUAUUUUUAGAAAAUUUAUUUUUAAGUUUUAUCAUUUUUUUGACCUUAAUUUUAUUUUAUAAAAAGAUUUUAUUUUAUUUUUUUCUGUAUCUUUUAAAAAAAAUCUAAAAAAUAAAUCAAGUCUUCUACAAAAAAUUUUUUAUAUUUUUUUUUAUUAUUUUUUACAAAUUUUACCAAAAAGUAGAUUCCAACUAUUUAGCGAGAAAAAAAGCCAAAUUUAAUGAAAUUAGAGCAGCUUAGAAUUUUUCCACUUUUCCAACUCUCAGAAGACAACAAAAAAAGAAAAUGAGACAAAAGAGGCCCAAAAAAAUCGCAAUCGAAAAGUAAAGUUGGUGUGUGCCUUAAAAACUAAUCGAAAGACCUUUAAACAUCUCAGUGAAAUGCUCAGUCCAUGAACAAAAGUCUCAAAUCACUUGUACAGCUAAAAAUCGAAAAUCAUUUUUCUUUAGAAAU